ACCCUUUUCUUCUUGUUUUUACUCUCUCUCUAUUGCAUUGAGCUUAAGCUACAGUACAAAUGAAAUCACAUCUAUUUAUAGUUUAGCCUUCUUAACUUCUCAGAAUCUGUCCAAGAAAACAUCAGUUGUCUUGUUAGAGAAGAAAACACCAAGGAAAUGACACUUCUGGCUUUCAUUUCUGGGACCUGAAACUGACCUUACUGUUGGCUUCUUCUUCAACUGAUAUCAAUCAAGAAGAAGCAUAUAAUGAAUCACAAGUACUUCUUGUGCUAGAUAAUUAUGGCUCAACAGGAAGAAGGAUGGCCUCUGGGCUUGCAGCCUCUGAAUGUAAGAGUUGGUUUAUCAAGAAAUGAUGAAUUUUCUGGAUCAGUAUCAUUCAAAACUUUACUCACUGGUUCUCCAACUUCCUCUACAGAUUCCUCAUCAGAUUUAGACACACAGUCUACAGGAUCUUUCUUCCAUGACAGAAGCAUUACCCUGGGAAGCCUUAUUGGUGUUUCCAACAUAUUGGAAUUUUCCAGGAAACCAUCAAGGGUAAGGAAAGUGGAAGGAUUAAAGGAAUCAAAAAGCAACAAAAAACACAAAACAUGGCUUUUCUCUUUAUGUUCAAGAAACACAACUGAUGCCCAAAGUGUGAACAAUCCUCCUUCUCUUGCCCAUUUUCUUGCUGUAGAGAGAAGAGCUGCCAAUGAAUACAGAAGGAAUCAAAGCCCUAACAACUCACUUUUUGUUAAUGGCGAAAUUGCUCCUCCAAGAGUGAGACCAUGGCAUGAAACUGAUGCUGAAAGGAGAAGAAAUGGAGGGUUGGGACACAGCAGUGGACAUGGAGUUCCAGUCCUAUUUUCUUGCAUGUGUGGAGAAUCCUGUUAGAAAUUAACUAAGCUUCUCCAAAUGUUUUUGUUGUCUUCUAUUGAUGAUUUGAUUUUAUGUCUAAGGGAACCGAAAAAUAAACUUUAAAGUUUUGUUUGUUCUUC